UGCUUCUUCUUACUUUUGUUAUCAACAAUUAUUAAAUGUGUUAAAUUGCAAGCUGAUUUAAACAGAAUUCACCGUUAUGGGCCGUCUCAUACUAGAACACACAUUGCAGGGUCAUAAGGGACGCAUUUGGGGCGUGGCAUGGCAUCCGAAGGGCAACACUUUUGCUUCCUGUGGCGAAGACAAAGCCAUACGCAUAUGGAGCCUCUCGGGGAACAGCUGGAGCACCAAGACCAUUUUAUCGGAUGGACACAAGCGCACCAUACGGGAGAUACGCUGGUCACCAUGUGGACAAUACCUAGCUUCGGCCAGUUUUGAUGCCACCACAGCAAUUUGGUCGAAAUCCUCGGGAGAAUUUGAAUGUAAUGCCACCCUGGAAGGCCAUGAGAAUGAGGUGAAGAGUGUGAGUUGGUCAAAGUCAGGCGGAUUACUAGCCACCUGCUCACGCGACAAAUCGGUAUGGAUUUGGGAAGUCGCUGGUGACGAUGAAUUCGAAUGCGCCGCAGUUCUUAAUCCGCACACCCAAGAUGUGAAGCGAGUUGUCUGGCAUCCAACAAAAGAAAUCCUGGCCUCAGCCUCGUAUGAUAAUACGAUCAAAAUGUUUGCAGAGAGUGCCUUGGAUAGUGAUUGGGAUUGCACGGCCACAUUGUCCUCUCAUACGAGCACUGUUUGGAGUAUUGAUUUCGAUGCGGAUGGUGAGAGGCUGGUCUCGUGCAGCGACGAUACAACACUGAAGAUAUGGCGGGCUUAUCAUCCGGGUAACGAUGCUGGUGUGGCUACUCCCGAUAAACAGACUGUGUGGAAAUGUGUGUGUACCUUGUCCGGCCAGCAUUCCCGGGCCAUCUAUGAUGUCUCUUGGUGCAAAUUAACGGGUCUAAUAGCAACUGCUUGUGGCGAUGAUGGCAUUCGCAUAUUUAAGGAAAGCAGUGACUCCAAACGUGAUGAGCCCACAUUCGAGCAAGUAACCGCCGAAGAAAGUGCCCACGAGCAGGACGUGAAUUCUGUGGAAUGGAAUCCAGUGAUGGCUGGCCAACUGAUUUCUUGUAGUGAUGAUGGAACAAUCAAAAUUUGGAAAAUGCUGGACUAACAUUGUGUACUUAGACAUUAAAUUUAAAAUAAAUGUUUUAUUUUGUAUUCCCUAA